AUGGCCGAGCCACUCUUGUCAGAGUAUCAGCACCAGCCUCAAACUAGCAACUGUACAGGUGCUGUUGCUGUCCAUGAAGAACGGAACCCUGAUCGCCCCCCAGGCGCGGAGGAACGGGUGCCGGAGGAAGACAGUAGGUGGCAAUCGAGAGCGUCCCCCCAGUCGGGUGGCUCUCCGGGGCACGGGGGGGAAGGGAGCCUGGAACCCCAGCCGUCUCCUCUGAAAACCCAGGUCUGCCCAGAAUCCAGCUGUCCGGAAGCGGGUGAGAAGGGCCAGAAUGGGGACGACUUGUCCGCUGGCGGAGCUCCCCCGCAGCAGAGACAGGUGGGCAAGAAAAAACAUAGGAGACGCCCCUCCAAGAAGAAGCGGCUUUGGAAACCGUACUAUACGCUGACCUGGGAGGAGAAGAAAAAGUUCGAUGAGAAACAGAGCCUGCGAGCUUCGAGGAUUCGAGCCGAGAUGUUCGCCAAGGGUCAGCCAGUUGCUCCCUAUAACACCACGCAGUUCCUCAUGGAUGACCACGACCAGGAGGAACCUGAUCUUAAAACCGGCCUCUACCCCAAACGGGCCGCUGCCAAGUCCGACGACACCAGCGAUGAGGACUUUAUGGAAGAAGCGGGUGAGGAGGAUGGGGGCAGCGACGGGAUGGGAGGAGACGGCAGCGAGUUUCUGCAGCGGGACUUCUCGGAGACCUAUGAGCGGUACCACGCGGAGAGCCUGCAGAACAUGAGCAAGCAGGAGCUCAUCAAAGAGUACCUAGAGCUGGAGAAGUGCCUCUCGCGUAUGGAGGACGAGAAUAAUCGGCUGCGGCUGGAAAGCCAGCGGCUGGACAGCCAGCGGCUGGACGGCGACGACGCGCGCGUGCGGGAGCUGGAGCUGGAGCUGGACCGGCUGCGCGCGGAGAACCUCCAGCUGCUGACGGAGAACGAACUGCACCGGCAGCAGGAGCGGGCGCCGCUGUCCAACUUUGGAGACUAG